AUGAAUAAGGGUAAUGUGGUCGAUUGUCACAUGGUUGACCAUGAAGCGUAUGAUGAUGAUGACGUGGAUGAUGGCGAUAAUGAUGUUCAUGAAGGUAAUAAUAUUAGUGAGGAUGAUGAUGACGACAAAUGUGAAGAAGACAAUGUUGAUGUGGGUGAUGUUCGCAUUGAUGGUGUUGAGAGUAAUGAUGGUAAUGAUGAUGAUUCGUGGUGA